AUGAAUAUUUUGUUAUUAUUAUUAUAUGGGGCCAUUUCAUUUGUAUAAUCAAAUGAUACUUUAAUCAAUGUUUAAGCUAUUUGGAGACAUGGAGUAAGGGACUUUUAUUAUUGUAAUUGGGGAUGUGAUAAAAAUAAUGAACCUGAUGGCGAUGCAUAAAUUCUUACUCCUGCAGGCAUGAGGCAAUAAUAUGUUUUAGGAAAAUGGCUUAGAUAAAGAUACAUAAUUGAUAAUCAUCUUCUAUCGCCAUAAUUUAAUGAAAAUGAAAUUUAUAUAGAAAGCACAGAUUAUAAUAGGUACAAAAUAUAUCAAUUUGAGAACUAUUAUGAGUGCUUAUAGCAAUUUAUAAGGAAUGUAUCCAGAAGGCUUUGAAAUUCCAAAUGUAACUGAAGAUAAACUGUUGCCUCCUAAUUCUGGUAGUAAAUCUCCUUCUAUAGGAAAUUAUGCUCUACCUUAUAAAAUUUCACUAAUACCAAUUCAUACAAAAGAAGAGGAAUAAGAUUAUGCUUUAGCAAUUUAUUGUAAAACUACAGGAUCAACAGUUCAAUAAAAUAAAUAAACAGAGCUAUAUAAUACAAUCAAUUAUGCAAAUUAAACAUAAGAAUUAUUUAAAAACUUUAAUUUAGAAUUAGGUCUUAUUGGAGAAUAAUAAGUAAAUGAUAUUAUUGAAUUGGCUAAAUGGAGAGAUACAUUUACAUGUAAUAGAUAUAAUGGUGAUGAUUUACCUCCAAAAUUAACAGCAAAAACAUUAUUUUUUAUGGAUGAAAUUGCAUUAUUAUCAUUUAGCUUAAGAUAAUUUUAAAAUUGGGAAUAAUCAAAAUUAUAUUCAACUCCAUAUCUUAAAUAAAUAAUUUAAAAUUUUGAUAAUUUUAUCAAUGGAAAAUCUAAAGUUAAAUACAGAGGUUCCUCAUCUCAUGAUUCUACUAUGUUAGGUAUUAUUUCUGGUUUAAAUUUGACAAGCGCUUAAUGUUAAGCUGAUAUUUAUUUUAAAAAAGAUUAAUCAGACAUUUUUUGUUUAACUGAAGUAUCUUAAUUAAUAUUUUAGAAUAUAGAAUUUUCAUCUAAUCUAAUUAUCGAACUCUACAACAAUACUUAAAAUGGAUUAUAUGUGAGAAUACUUUAUAAUGGGGAAUAUGUGCCAGUGUGUUCUAAAAAAGGAACCUUUUGCUAAUAUGAUAAAUUUAAAUCAAUCCUAAGUUAACAAUUUGUUGAUUAUGAAAAAGAAUGCAAUCUAAAUAAUGAAAUUAAAAGACCAGUAAGAAUACUUAAUUGAAUUUAUAAGAUCUUAUACAAGAUUCCUAUUUGGGCAAUACUAUUUUUUGUGUUAGUAUUAUUAUGUACUUGUGGGGUUUUUCUAUUAAUAUUCAAAAUAAAGCAAUUGAGAGAGCCAGAAAUUUCAGAAUCUUAUGUUUCUUCAUGA